AUGAUUUUUUCUGGACUGGCCCUCAUAGGUCAGAUGGUUUUCCAGAUUUUCAUCCUGAUUUACAAGUCGUCUGAUACGCUUUUCUACAAUUGUCUUCCAUUAGAACUCAUUUUCAGACAGAUUGGAUUGCAAAAGAUUAACGACUCGGACCUCGGGAACGCACUCCGUUUAAUCCUUCCGGAUGCAGUGGCCAGCAUGUUUAGCCUCUUCAUUUAUUUCAUCUGCAAGUGCAUCCUACAGCCUCAGCCAUCGUCACAGCCCUCCGUCAGCGCCUUGGUCGGCCAGCUGCAGGGCUCUCCAUCACCACAGGUCAGGUUCUACAAAUCUGGGUCACUUCUAAUCGAGUACCUCGGAAGUGGGAUCGUUCUUUUGCUGAUGAUACUUUGCGGGAUUGCCGAGCCCAAUGUUCUCAAUAUGAUCUACUUUGUUUCAUUCCUAUUGGCUGCCACACUUUGGGGGUGUGGCAUAAAAUUCGGUCGAUGGUUUAUUGCAAUGGAAGUGUGUUUGUUGGUAUAUUGCGGGUUUCACCUGGUUGCUAUCUACCUGCAUCAGUUUCCAAGCAUCCAAGAGUUGUGGUUCGAGAGGGAGGGAUGGAAUGAAACAGUUUUCAUCAACGCUGAUAACUUGACGAACUCUACUGGCAUUCUUUAUAGAUUGUUGGGUCUGAAGACAUUCGUAUACACGAACUGUACACAUCCAUUCAUGCUGAACUUCAAUGUUAACCUCAAAUGGACCGAUAUCUUGCAAGUUGUCGCCAUGAGUCUAGUAUCGCCGGGUCAGCAUCCAAACUACCAGUCGAUGGAGAACGUUACGAACAGCAGUUACGCAUCGCCGACCAAUCAGGUGGACGAUAGGUUGAACUUGAGAAUUCGCAGGCGCCAGGAGCAGCCGAACAAAAUUUUUGAAAUCUUCAAAACCAUCUCGCUGUACUUGGCUGAGUUUAUGCUAAGUCAGAGUUACAACGCUGCUCUCAUCGUCAUGAUGGCUUGGAGCAUCACCUACCAUAGUUGGCCGACCUUCCUCUUCUUGGUGGCAGCCUGCCUCAUUUGGAUGGUACCCCAAAAACGUGACCUUGUCCUCAAGACCAGUCCCGUCUUCGUUUUCUACGCUCUCAUCCUGCUCUCCUUCAACUACAUCUACGGUCUGGACCUCACCAGCGAUGAACUGCCCAGCCCCAUGGAGGGCAAAGGUUACAGCAUGACCAAGAUAGGACUAAUUAGGAGAAACAAGCACCAGGAACCUUUCGUUGACCUGGCUAUUCAGAGCUUUUUCACCCUCGUCUUCAUCCUGACCCUCCGCCAAUCCAGGUGGGAGGCUUCGAAGGACGACCUUGACUUUGACAAUUUGAGAUCGGAUUUCUACCUAUCUCGCAAAAUGUCAGGAGCACUGAUAAACGGUAUAUUGGUGAAAUACUGGAUCCUGGUCUGUUCCUUACUCUUCCUCGUCAUGGCACUCCAGGAAUCCGUGCUUUACAGGAUCAUCUACAUGAUCCUCUUUCUCUAUUUCGUCAUCACUUUUCAGGUCAGUUAUCAGUUUUGGAGAAUAUGGGUGAGGGUGUUCUGGGUAAUUGUUAUCUUCUACUCAAUGGUCGUCCUCAUCUCCAUAUACGUGGUCCAGUUUGACGAGGUCAUGGUCAGACUGAACACCAUGAACGCCAAGAGCCCUAUCAUUUUGGAAGACAUAGGCCUAAGAAAGUACAGUACCGGUGAAUUGUUCGUGUCCCUACUCACACCAACAUCCUUCCUCAUCGUUGUCAUUCUCCACAUUCACUACUUCCAGAGUCAGUUUCUCGUCAUUAGCGAUGUUAAUAGAUACAGUCGCGAGAUUGAUAAAAAAGGAUAG